CCCCUUUCCCUGCCAGGAACGGGGUGGGGUGGGGGAGAGAUAAAGACAUCAGGUUCUGCUGCCCCUGUGGGUCCUGCCACCUGAGGUGGUCAUCGUGACUAGUGUCACCUGCAAACCCCAUAGUCUUUCACUGCGUGGUUGGAUUUCAUGCCAUAUAAGCAAAGCUAAACACUUUACUUGACAUGGUGACAUUAAGUGAUUGACAUGUGGUUGACAGGCCCACCUGUCAAAAUAGCCCACGGGACUUGCGGGAGGUUGAGAUCUGGCUCACCGGCUAGAUCCAAUUCCCACCCCUGCCUUAAAGCAGCGCCUGGACACCUAGGAUCGGAAUGUUAAUAGCUCAGGGUAUUCAGGUGAUGUGUCUCCAUGGGAGAUAAUUGUUAGAUGAUUGCUUCUUAAUACAAGACCACCUUGCAUUGUUCUGAAAGUAAAAUACCUGGAAGGUCAUGAAAAGUGACAUGCCUUUCUUCUCCUGACAGAAGCUGCAGUUGGAGUCGGGAAGAAGAAAGGCUGAGAGAACCAAGAGGGCAGAGAGGUGAGUUUGGGUUCUGUAAGCAGCUUUGGGACGCACCUCUUUGGAGAUCUGAAGUGGACAACAGUUUGGCUAUCUGCUGUCAUGUGCAAACUGGGGCUCCAACUCUACUCAAUCUAUAUAUCUGCAAAUAAAUUAUACAAAAUGCUAGCUAGACUCUAGUGACCACCUUCCAAAGGGAACCAAACUUGCGUAACUGCUUUGCCUCAGGAGCUUCCUACCAUGUGGAGAAAUCACAAUACUUCAACAAUAUUAGUAGCAGUGGUGCAGGUAACGGCUAGCAGGUAACAAAGUUUCAGUGCCUGUGUCUCUGGGUUGCACCAUGCCCCUGAAACGAAUGCAGAGAGGAAAUGAAAGUGAGGAAGAGGCUGCAGGAAAACAAAGGAGAGAGGAUGUUGUUACAGAGUGUCCAGCCACUUGGAGUGGCAGCCUUCCAAUGGACUCCUGACACAAGGAGGGAUGUUGACUUGGAGCCUUGGAUUUCAAACCAAUCCAAGUAGCCCUGGCCUUUGUGGUUUCUUGCAUUGUCUUUUCCCUAGUUGACCCCCUGCCAGUUGUUUGUGACUCCCACACUGUACAGCGUCGCAUGCACAGUUCCGGUGUGAGCUGUGAGCCUGCCAAGAGGAUGACUUAAUCUAGAUCUACAAGAGGCAUCUCUCUCUCUCUCUCUCUCUCUCUCUCUCUCUCUCUUUCUUCUGAGGAUGCCAAAAAAGUGCAUCAUUGUUUGCUUUGACAGCCUUGAUUUCACCUCAGGGAACCUUCCCCCACAGUGACUCUUUCAGUAUUCCUGUUAGAAAACCAUUUAUCUCGGAUUGCUUCCAACCUGGCAGCAACAGGAACAGAAAUAUCUCCUGCAGAAACAUACCAUUUACAAUGCUCAGUCCAACAGGGGUUUGAGGAGGAAUUAUAGUAGCAUUGAAAUGUUAGGGAGGUUAGAUGUCAUGGGCAUCUGUGGGUUAUAAAUAGAUAGAUAAAUAGAUAAAGAUAUAAAUAGAUAAAGAUAUAGAUAAAGUGGGCAGGUGCUCCCUGCCCAUAACCCAUAAUCCCCAGAUUCCUAUCAUUUUACAAAAAAAAAAAGAGUAAGUGUCUAACAUUUUUAGAACCUCAGAUAUGAAGCAAAAUGUACAGGCAGUAAUUCUCCUAUCUUUUUUUUGAAACUAGCAUGCUCCUCCCCUUUCAGUGUUUUACCUCUCUGGGAUAAUUCCUGCAGAGGCUCAUGGGUACCACCAACUUGAUAGGGAGUAGCACUUUGGCACUACCCACUUCACAAUGUCCCCUGUGGGCUAUAACAACACUCUAAGGCCAGGUUGCCAAUUCAACAAAUAAGUUUGCUGGCGUUUGUGGUACAGUUGGGCUACGCCCUUCUAUAAGCCCCUGUUGGACAACCCCAACACUAGGUAUAAAUCUUCCUUGGUCAAGGCCUCUGGUGGGCCCCACAGAACCUCUUGCCAUAUAGGUUGCCAUGCUCAGUCACAGACUGCUUUCUUGUUCCAUCAUCUUGGCCAACUGGGAACUUACUUCUCUGUUCCUGUUUCCUUCCCUGCCCCAUUCUCUAUGGUUCUUUUAGCUCUCAACCUUUUGUCCUUUGCCUCCCCUGCUUUUCCAUAGAGCUUUGUCCAUUUUCUUAAGGGAGAGGGCCAUAACUCUGUGGUGUGCCAUAAAAAAACCAUAUCCUUUAUAUGAAAAAGGUCCCAAGUUGAAUGCCCAGGAUCUCCAGAUAAAGCUGGGAGAGGCCCCUGUCUGAAACCCUGGAGAGCUACUGAUUAUCAGAACAGAGUCAAUAUUGAACUGGAUGGACCAGUGGCUUGACUCGGUAUACACCAGCUUUCUCUCACUGUCCUCUUGCCUGUUUUGGGCACUCUCUCUUCACCUGCUUUUGCCUGCUCCUCUGGGACUCUUCAUCAGCAAUUUCCCACCACACCAUCUGUCUAAUUCUUAUCCACCUAAACUCCCUUUCACUGCUCUCUGCCUCCUGCCCAUCUCUGUUCCUCUCCUUUUCUCAUCUUCACUUUCUGCCAAUGCCAACCAAACUUGGAAGAAAUUGCCAGCCUGUUUUACAUAAGUCAUAGUGUUAUUGAGUUUUUGUUGAGCUCAUAGGGCUGGGCCCCACCACCACCUCAAUCUGCAAAACAACAGGGCUGAUUCCCAUUCAUCAACCCAAGUGAAAGGGGACAUUUGCAGCAUCUGCAUUGAUGGAAUUCUGCUAAAUCUUCUCAACAGGGUAUGAUUGUUCAAAUGAUGCUUUGUACACUUUAACACACCACAGACUGACAGUGCAGGAAGCUUCCAUGCAGGCACAUCCUUAGAAAGCAUAACGAAACUCUCACUUAGGCUCCCAUGUGCCCAACUCUUCCAUGUAUCUACCCUGCAGUUGCCUGGUAGCUGACACAACAUGUUCUCAGUUGUAAAUCUUUUAAUUCCACCAAGGCUUGAAGGCAACUUAGCCAGCAGAGCUGCAGGAUGCAAGAUCCCUAAAAUGGAGGAAUAAUAUAACUGGAUUACUGUGCCAACUAUGUCAUAAUCCCAGCUCCUAGCAAUAAUCUACAAUGCUAUGUUGGAGAGUGAUAUGAGGAUGCCACAAUGAUUUACACCAAGGGAGCCUCAAGGAGCAGGGCAGAACAACAGCUGCAUGAGUAUUGAUUCCUAAUUCUAUUUGCAGGAGAAAACAACUCCUACUAGCACGAUAACACAUGAGAGGGUUUCUUCCAGAGGGACUUGAAGUUCCCAUUGCACCUGAUAGUCAGAAAAGAAGAGAGAGCCUUCCUUAGGUACCAUAUGCUUCAUGACACCAGGAAGGGUUGUAGCUCAGUGGUAGAACACAUGAUUUGCAUGCAGAAGGUUCCAGGUUCAAGCCUUGAAAUCUCUAAGCAGGGCUGGGAAAGGCCUCUGCCUCAAACUUUGGAAAUCCAGUGUCAGUCCAUGUAGACCAGGGUUUCCCAAACUUGGAUCUCCAGUUGUUGUUGGACUACAACUCCCAUCAUCCCUAGCUAUGAGGGUGAUGGAAAUUAUAGUCCAAAAAACAGCUGGAGACCCAAGUUUGGGAAACCCUGGUGUUGACAGUACUGAGCCAGAUGACACUAGCAGUCUAUUAUUAUUAUUAUUAUUAUUAUUAUUAUUAUUAUUAUUAAUUCAUACCCCGCCCACCUGGCUGGGUUUCCCCAGCCACUCCGGGCGGUUCCCAACAGAACAUUAAAAACAUGAUAAAACAUCAAGUAUUAAAAACUUCCCUAAAUAGGGCUGCCUUCAGAGUCUUCUAAACAUCAGAUAGUUGUUUAUUUCCUUGACAACUGAUGGGAAGGCAUUCCACAGGGCGGGCGCCACUACCAAGAAGGCUCUCUGCCUGGCCAAGGGCUUCAUGCUAUAUUGCUCUGUUUUGCUCUGUCUUAAUUUGCAUUGCUCCAUUAGCCAACAUGGCAACUGAACUAAAAAGAGGUGAUAAAUUGCAUGGAAAAAGAGACGCAGGGAAGGUAAAGAACAGUCUGUUUAGUAACACCGCAUUGGUCCUCAAAGGGCAGCUUGAUUAAUUAUGGCAAUGUGCAUAAACUUUCAUUCUGGAAUCAUAGUUUUUGCAUGAGGCAUUGACUACAACCAUUAAUAGAAAAGGCGCUAAGGUUAUAUCGUACUGCCUUGUGUUGUGUGGAACAAACUUUUGCACUGAAGUGCCUCAUAAUUAUGGAAGUGAAUGAUAAAACGCCUCUUCAUUUUAGAUGGUCUGUGAACCUAGCAAUGUCCCUCGUGAGCCUUUAUUUCCUUGAGCAGGACUUCAAUAUAGCAGCUCUAUGGCAACCACCCUGUUUACUGGCAGGCAUUUGCGACUUUCUAAACUGCACCUAGCUUCUGGGAGAGCAAAAGAAACAGAAAUGCAUCCUGUUUGCUGUGUGCCAACCUGUAACUUAUUAAGCCUGACAAAUGGAUAUUUUCUUAAAGGAUCUCUUAGAGCCUUCUCAGAGGGACAUCUUCAAUCACUUGACAAGGACGAAAACAACCAUGGCAGUCCCUUUUAAGAGCGCACUGAAAGGUAAGGCAUUCUGGGUUGACUUGCUACAUCACCAUCAGAGAGCCAAUCAUCUGUUGUGGCCAAAUCCCAAUCUGUACAAAAUUACUGAAGAGUUGAUCUAUUUUGUUAGGAAAGCUUAUGUACUGCUUAAUCAAAAGGAACAUCCAAGUGGUGUUAUGUUACUGGUAUCGAUGUGUUCCCAUACAUCUUCAUUGAAUUACAUGUUUAAAGUUUUCUUGGUACAUGCUGAAUUUGCACAGUUGCAGCCCUGCAUAUUCAAAUAUAUUGGAUGAAGUGUUGCUAUUACUUUUUUAAAGGUGGGUUUGGGGAAGAGAGUGAUCCUUGAGAUGGGACUAUAUAGCACCUGUGUUUAUCUUAUGCCAAAAGAAAUUAAUAGAAGUUACCAUAUUCUCGGAGGCAGGAGGGCGGUCAUGGAUGCAAAGGCAUAAAUUCACUUUCAUUGAAAGACUUUCAUACUGAAGAAGGAAUAGAACUACGGCCAGAAAGAUGGCUUCUAUCCAAACUAAACAAAAAUGUUUUGCACCUAUUUUUUGUGGAGUUCAAAAAAAACAAGAAAGUGGAGAAUGACCACUGAAUGACCAUAGAAUGUGUAGUGCACGCAGCCCCACUUCCUUGCAUGAUUAUACUCAGCAGAUCACAUAAAAAAUUGCCAUAGACAUUUGUCCCAAUUCAGCAGUAAAUAGCAGGUUUUCCCAGGGGAAAGUGGUGGGAAAAGUGGAAGUGUGGGUGAGCCAUAGGUUGGAAAUAUGCAUUGUGAAAUAUGGAGAGCACAAAUUUUGAAGCGCUGCUGUGUUUCAGUUAACGAAUUGUUUGGGAAAGUGCAGAUCAUGUUGGUUCAUCUUCAAAUGCAAACUGAAUUUAGUUUUCUCCUGGUUCCUAGGCCCCACCAAUGGGCAUGAGAAUUUUGAAGCAAAAUCCAAUAAUUUGAAGGUUCUGUGUUGACAGUUCCAACCUGAUAAUCUGGCAACCCUGGUUUGUAUUCCUUAAUCAACCAAUAUCCUUGCAGCCAGAAUUAAUUUCCUUCUUUCUUUAUAUAUUGGAAAGCACAAUGGUUUGUUUUAGAAGAGAGAGUUCACUGUUAUUACUGCAAAAGUUGUUGAAGCACAAAAGCAAACCCUUCCACAUGUUAGAGCAAUGUUUUCCUUUUCACUGAGGUCUGAAGGACAAAACCAGAAGAACGCUCGGUGUGUUUUUUUGAUAAGGUUUCUGGCAAUGCUUUCACUUGAAGUAGAGGUUUGGGGUAACUCAUAUUACUUUUGAUGUUUAUUUAUUUUUAUCUCAGUGGUUUCUAAGUGUUACAUUUUGGUUCGAGUAGGCAAUGAAAAUCUUCAAAAUUUCAGCCCGAUUGAUAGUUAAAAAGGUAAAGGGACCCCUGACCAUUAGGUCCAGUCAUGACUGACUCUGGUGUUGCGGCGCUCAUCUCGCUUUAUUGGCCGAGGGAGCCGGCGACUAAGCUGCUUCUGGCGAACCAGAGCAGUGCACGGAAAUGCCGUUUACCUUCCCGCCAGAGCGGUACCUAUUUAUCUACUUGCACUUUGAUGUGCUUUCAAACUGCUAGGUUGGCAGGAGCAGGGACCAAGCAAUGGGAGCUCACCCCGUCACGGGGAUUCGAACCGCCGACCUUCUGAUCAGUAAGUCCUAGGCUCUGUGGUUUAACCCACAACGCCACCCACAUCCCAGUGAUUGAUAGUUACCUGGGUGCCAAAAUUACCUGGGUGCCAAAUAGGUGAGUCCACCCCACUGGCAGAGGAAGAGGGGAGCGGGGGGAGCGCACCGCCCCCAGCAGCACGAUCCCAGUGGGGUGCCAUCGUGACUGCCCCCCGCCUGUGUGGGCACCACACCCCUGCGAGCAGCGCGCCACACCCCCACCUGCUCUCUGCUCCCCAGUGCUGGAGCAUGAAGCUCCGCCACUGGUCCACCUCAUCCUCAGCAGGCUUGCUUCUUAGGGAUUUGUAGCUCUCUUUGAGUGGCUUCAGAAGCCUCAUAUGGAAACUGCCCAGAGAAAUUGGUGUUAUGGGACCAGCGUCAUCCAAGUCUCCUCCAAAAACAUGAAAUAAACCCAUGACCAACAGUUCUUCAUGGCUUAACAAGGUCUGUGGCUCCAUAAUGUGAACUUUCUCCAUUAGCCUCCUUACUCAGCACGGUGAGUGAUGGCUAACAUGCAAGGGUCAUGGGGAGGGUAUGUAACCACAAUUCACUGAUAUUCUUCUCACCUUUGUCUGCCUUAACACAAGAGAGUUCUGCUGGAUCAGACCAAAGGCCUACCUACUCCAGCAUCCUGUUCUCACAGUGGCCAGCCAGAUGUCUUACUGAGGAACUUAAAGGAUCCAUUAGAAGUGCAUCACUUCUGCCACUCUCCUCUUUCUCACAAGCAACCUUUAAGUUGCUAUGCUUUCACUUGGCUUCUGCAUUAUUUGCUUCCCCUAAAAAUGCCUAGGCUUGGGCCUUAGUGUGUUGUAGUAAUGAAGGUUGCCAUUCUAUGUGACCUAGCUACCCUGGAUUGGUUCACUGAUAGCAGCUUCAGAAAGGAAGCUGUUCCCAGUCAUGGAGAGAAAGCCACUAGAACAGUCAUGAGGAACCUGUGGCCCUCUCAGGUGUUGCUGGACUCCAGCUCCCAAUCGUCCCUGACAUUUUCCCAUUCUGAAUGGCGCUGAUCAAACUUUUGAGUCCAAUUAUAUGUGCAGGCCAUUGGUUCUGCAUAUCUGCGCUAGACCCAUCAGCCCAGAUAGGUAAGGGUGGAGCUGAUGAGAGGCUGCAAGCUCUCAGAUUCCUCCUGAUGGCAUCUAAGCCUCAGAAAGAACUAUGAAAAAGAGGGAGAGAACCAGCCUGAAAUGGCCUCCUGAGGAAGGAACUGCUGGGGACUGGCUAUGUGCUAUCUAUUCCCCCCUUCCCAGGAUGAACCCAGCUUCUCUGAUUUGAAGCAAAUGAGGUGAAGUUGUCCUGAGUUCCGAGGGGUUUGGGACCCAGAAAAUGUGACACCUGCCUUUAAAACAGGGUUGGGGAACCUGUGCCCCACUUCAUCCCUGAUCAUUGACCAUGCUGCUGUGAGUCGUAGUCCACAACCUCUAGAGGGUGCCACAUUGGCCGGAAGAACUUCUAGGCCAGGGCUAGGACCAGAAAUCUGUAUCUAGCUGCCCCACGUUGUAACCUAUGAGAAGUACAGUUGCUGGCCGCAAAGUAGGCUAUGGAUUGGCUCCACCCCAUUGGGUUGUCUUGGACAGGAAGACCUAUAAAAGGCUUGUCAUUUGGGCUGGGAUCCUGCCUGAGUAGCAAAGCCUUCCUGGCUUGAUUCCUCAGCUCUGACUCAACUCCUGGCUCACCUUGCUCAGCUGCCGACAGCUGUCAGACAGCAUCCAGAUGAAGGGAGCAGAAUCCAGAGCCUGUGCCUGGUGGAAGGAAAGAGACUACCUCUUCCAUGACUGACAUAGCUGUGGGUGCGCGAACUUCUUUCGAGGUGAAACCUGGAACUUCUUUAAAGUUCUAGGAGCAGAUAGCUGAGAAAUCUGAAUUGCAUUUUCAGUUCUUCUCUCCCUCCUCUUUUUAGCAGCCGACUGAGCUGCCUUCUGGAGAACAGGAAGGUCAAGCUCUGCUUUAGUUCAUCCAGGAAGCAGAUGUGCUGGUUGCCACCCAGGUGGUGGGGGUUACGAAAACACUGUCUGCAGCGAUUGGGCUUGGCGGCUGUGGGCUGCGGAAGCGCCGCCUCUGCCUCGGGGAGAGAAUGCUCUUCGAGCCAGAAAGAUCAUUAGCUUUUGCUCAGAGCGGCCUCCUUUUCAUGAGCCUUCUUGUGAGGGGCUUCUUCGAAAUCAGGCAGGGCAGGAUGGCGCUGGUGGCAGAUACUGCUGCUGCUGCUUGCAGGGUCCCCACAUGGAGCUGUUGCCAUCUGAGAGCUUCAGGAGGCAAAUAAGACAUCCCGGGCACAGAUGGAUCUAUGAGGCUGCAUAUUGUUAGAAGCUUGGCGCCUUGCCCAAGAAGACACAGAAAACAGAUGUUGCUCCGAUGGCGAUCCAAUGGAUAAGCUGUAUGCACGCAUGCUGCCAGCUCUGAUGUCAGCUUCCUUCUCACUCCUCAGGGUCUGAGGCAUUUGGCUCUCAGCCUGCAGUGGAGGCUGCGAAAGCUGAGCAGCUCCCACUUGCUCUGGGUGGGUAAACAGGGAGGGGAAGGACUGUGUUGGAGCAUCUGCUUUGCAUGCAGAAGGUCCCAGGUUCCAUCCAUCCCCAGCAUCUCCAGUUUGGACUGGGAAUGGCUCCUGUUGGAAACCCCCAAAGAGCCACUUUCAGUCAGCAUAGAUUUCAGACCAGGCAAAAGUGUGUAUGGCAGGGUAUGCUCAGCAAAACCCUGUUUCUUUGGAGCAAGACAAACCAUGAGACCAGGUUUGCACGUAAUGCUAAGCCAAACCUAAUAAUAAUAAUAAUAAUAAUAAUAAUAAUACCCCACCCAUCUGGCUGCAUUUCCCCAGCCACUCUGGGUGGCUUACAGAUUAUAUAAAACAUAGUUUUGCUCAGUGCUUUUUUUCUAAAAAAAUGUUUAGGGGUACUCUCAUUUUGACUCAAGAAAAUCACCAUUUUAUAGUUCAAAUCAGGAAAAAUAAACACAGUAAAUGGACAAAAGUACAAAGGUUCACAAAAUGUUUAGGGGCAUGAGUCCCCCUGCGUCUCCCCAGAAAACAAGCAGUGGUAGCAGCAAGGCCAGGUUUUUGCUCUGCAUUGCCACAUGCUUGCUCAUUCACACUAAUCCAUAGGUUGUCUUAGCAUUAUGUCUGAAUCAGGCCACUAUUUCAGACACCAGUCUUCUCCUCCCAAUAUGCUUCAGGCAGCAAAUCGCCCUCAUGUAUCUUUAACAGAGUCUCACACAAAAGUUUGUGCACUUAUCCAUUCAUUGCCAAUUAAAAGAAGGAAACUUGCUUUUAAAAACUGCAGAAUUGUCCCCAGUAUGAGGAGGAGGUUUCUGGGUGAUAUCAUGGGAAACAGGGGCAGGGUGGAAUUCUCCUUUGAACUCAGUGCCUGGGCUCCUGCUUUGAACUGACAGGCGCAUUUCUCCCCAAGGGCUUGAGAAAGGCGCAUUUGGACUGGAUUCGGCGAGAGUGCGUCUAGAGCUGCCCUACUGCUCUCACAAUAUUUAAUAAUGAUGAUAAUGACAUGUGUUCCUUCACCGUAAUGUAAAGUACAAGCCAAGCACUCAAUAAACAGGUUAUUUGGCAUAGCUCACAGCUAAGGUUGUGAGCCUAUAGAACCGGUUGCUGUCAUUCCCGGUAAACAAGCACCUGUUUCUAAUUAGCCUGGAAGGGAGAGAAAAUCUUACAAAAGCCACCCCUCAAGCAUGCUGGCUGGAGGCUGCUGGUCCUUUGCCUCGGAGGAAACACAGAUAGGAACAAUCUUGGAGGAAAGAGCGUCACUCUAUCAUGGCAAGCAGACAGCUUUUCUGUAUGAUAGAGUGGCAGUGGUGAAAUAAACUCUGAAACAUGGUCCCUCCAUUUCUUCAUCCCCGACGCAGGCCUUAAGAGGAAUCUGGGCCACACACACCCAUCUCAGCAAGAGUUGCUGAGUUCAAGGCCAUGCUGGAUUAGCAUUCCUGAGUGAUGAAUGAGGGGUUGAAGUGUUUACUUUGAACACUGUGAUCUGUGUCUGAAUCUACUAGGCAUUAAAAUCUUUCAGGUUUCUGAAUCCGUGCUGCAAUUGCAGAAGCGGGAGGUGGCAGCCCUUGCAUUUCGGAAUUUAGACUGUAAUCCAAUAUCCACUUACCUGGGAAUAAGCCCUGUUGAACUGAGUGGAAUUGACUAGGAGACAGGUGUAGGAUUGUGCUGUUGUGGUAGGCAUUUUAAGCCCUAGUCGCUGAUAUUAAUUGGCGCCUAAAGUGGCACGAGAGACUGCUGAGAGACUGUGACUGGUUCAAUGCCACCCAGUGAACUAUGUGGCCAAGUGGGGAUUUGAACCCUGGUCUCCCAGGUCUUAGGCCAACACUCUAACCGCUACGCUACACACUGCUGUAGUGUGGGAGAGCUCUGCCGGAAAACCUAGAUAGGUGCUGCCAGUCAGAAUAAACAAAAAUGCACUUGACUUGACUUAUAAAUACCUUCACUUGGUGUAAGACAGCCUCUCUCUGUUCCUAAAAGUAGAUUAGGUAAAUUUAUGGCAGAUAAAGCUAUCUAUCAGGCAUGGUGGCUGGGUGGAACUCCUUUGUUCAGAAGUAGCAUGCCCUUGAUUACCACUUGCUUUGUGGCAAAUAGCAGGGUGGGGCUAUUGCCUUGGUGUCUUGUGGGCUUUCUGCAUCUCCAACAAUGGUUGGCCAUUGUGGGAAGCAGCAGGAUGGGCUUGUCUUACUUUCUUAAUUGUUGUAGCCCAGCAGACCAGGUUUUUCCUGAGGCAGAGUGAUGUUCUGAGCAAAGCAGGAGGAUGAAGGGCAUCACCAUUUCACUUGUAAGCCAGCUGACAGUCCUCUUGCCAAAAGGCCUUACAGGACACUUCCAGGCUCUAGGAACGUCUGUAAUUAUCCCACUUCAUUUUGUCCUUGUUUAUCUGGUUCCCCCACUGGAAUAGUUCUCACAGGGAAGUGAAUAACAUAUCUAGAAAGAGCUGUGGAACCUAUGGCUCUCCAGAUGUUGUUGGACUCCAGCAUGGCCAAUGGUCAAGAGGGGAUGGGAGUUGCAGGUUAUCAACAUCUGGAGGGGGAAUUUGUACUGCAGCAGUUUCCCCAUUUGUUGCUUUUAUAGAAGAUGAGAAUCUCUCUCUGGUGUUGCGGACAAGGAAGAGGAUGAGAGAUAAGGAAAGGGGGCAUAUCAUGAAGAGAUAAUGAAGACUAGGCCUCCUCUAAUAUAUGUCAUAGGGAACCAGGAGAUUUACCCUGGUGUAGGCAGAUGCAAUCUUGUUUGAAUGAUAAUUAGUGGAUCCUAUUUGGGGGGGGGGAGCUAUUUCUGGAAGAAGAAAAUUGGUUCUUUAAAAACAAAGCUUCUGGAUUCAAUUCUCCACUAUUAUCUUAAGGUCAAAACAAAUCAGAGUAACCUCUAAAUUCAGCUGUGGCUUUUUUUUUCUACCAAGAAGUGAAAGGAAGGUAGAAAUGUCAUCCAAAUAUGAGAUCAGGACAUUUCACAUUUUGAACACUCCCAUGAACUUUGGAUUGGAAAUUCUAUAUUGUCUUCCUGGAAACAAAUUCAAUAUAUCCUCAAAUUGACAUGGAAGCAUGAGCUCAUUUGGACUUCUAUAAAAGAGGAACAGUAUAAAGAGCAGGGUUAAUCAUUACUGUCAAAAACAAAUGGAUGAUCAUUCAGCAGUUGUCUAUUAGAAAUGAGCAGCAGAGUGCACUAAGCUUUGAAAAUCUGGCAUAUUCAGAGGAUGAAUGGGUAGCUCAAAUCCUCAGUUAAAACAACAGUUUUGUAUGUGCCUUCUACAUCCCAGAGUGUGCAGUUCCUUGCUGUAAGUUGGGGAAAGGGAAGAUCUGGCCCUCCAGAUGUUUUAUUCUUUUUAUUCUUUAAUUUUUAUACUGCUUAACACCAAAAUAGUCAUUCGACUCCAACUCCCAACAUCCCUGACCUUUUGCCAUGCUGGCUGGGACUGAUGGAAGCUGAAGUGCAACCUAAUUUGUAAGGCAAUUCUUAAGGUAUCCUGGACCUAAGUUCAUAGCUGUCAACGUUUCCCUUUUUUAAAGGGAAAUUCCCUUAUUCAGAAUGGGAUUCCUCGCAAGAAAAAGGAAAAGUUGACAGCUAUGCCCAAGUUAUUAAGGGCUUGUAAAUUUACCAGCUUGCCAUUCCAUCCUGUGUGCUAUAAUUUUAAACUGAAAACAGAGCUGAUGAAACAGAGACGUUAUAGGCUGGUGAUUAAGGAACAGAACACUCAGCAUUCCUGGCUUCCAUAGCAGAAUUCCAAGGAUCUCUUUGGGGGGAGGUCUCCCCACCCCCACCCCGAAGAUGACAAGAAUAUACCACAUAUUAUGUGAGCCUGAAUUGUAGCUGAAGGCAAUCUUGACAAAAGGUUCUCUCUAUGGAAAGGCUUACAGUUUUUUGUUUUUUGUUUUUGCUCCAGCUACAGGGCUUCACUGGGAUCGAGGGAUAGCUGCAGAAUAAUUUAACACAAGGUUUUUAAGAGCUUUUUUUUUAGGAAUCCACAAGAAAAGAGCCAUUGAAUAGGGAUGCUGGCAUAAGCAUAAUAAUGGAAGUGACAUAGAAACAUAGAAUUGUAGAGUUGGAAGAGACCCUGAGGGUCACCUAGUCCAACCCCCUGCAAUGCAAGAAUCUUCUGCCCAACGUGGGGCUCGAACGCAUUACCUUGAGAUAAAGAGUCUCAUGCUCUUCGGACUGAGCUCUAUCCCAUUACAUGUGCAGAAGAAGAGCACUUCAAUAUUUGCAGCUAUGUUUACUUGAACUUCAUCAUCUAGGGAACGGUUCAGACAUGCUAAAUCACAUUUUCCAGGCAUCUGCUUUGCCUCUGUAUUUAAGGAAGCAAUACAGUAAGUAGUCACAUGGUGACAAUUUCAAAAAUGGCUCAUGUUUCUUCUCAUGCUGACCUGCCACAUGAAGGCUAAAAAGCAACAUGCAGCCCUAAGAUGAACCACAUACAUUACAUCCUUCAGACAGUGAGUGAAGGAUGAUACUCCAAAAUAUGAGUUUUAUGGGGCCUAAGUGCAAUGGAGGCAGCAGGGAGGGAGGGGCAUAAGAACCCUUCACUCCCAGUUCCUGUUUAUCUGUCGAUACCUGUUUCUAUAUUUUUUUUAAUAGAGCAGUUUUGUGCAAGAGCCGACUUGUGCAAAGCCUCCCUAUUAAAAAUAAUUUUAAAAGGUUGGUUUAUCUUCUAAAUAAAUGAAUCUGCCCUCAGUGUGCAGCAAUUUGAAAUAGGCACACUUAAUCACUCACAUUACAGUGGUACCUUGGGUUAAGUACUUAAUUCGUUCCGGAGGUCCGUUCUUAACCUGAAACUGUUCUUAACCUGAAGGACCACUUUAGCUAAUGGGGCCUCCUGCUGCUGCUGUGCUGCCGGAGCACGAUUUCUGUUCUCAUCCUGAAGUAAAAUUCUUAACCCAAGGUACUAUUUCUGGGUUAGCGGAGUCUGUAACCUGAAGUGUAUGUAACCUGAAGCAUAUGUAACCCGAGGUACCACUGUAAUGUAGUCAGCCCCAAAUUCUUUUGUGUGUGUUCACACACACACACAUACUUUCACCCUGUAUGUCAUAGUGGGCAACCCUCAACCCUCUCUAACAUUGCCAUGGUUGAGUGGGGUGGCCUUCAACAGUAAGGGCAAGAUGAAUUGGAAUAGCAGUCAAUGCAAUAGAUUCCUCACACUUGGCAAAAUUUGAAUUCUCAUCAAAGCAGGAACUUUGAUGCUACGUUGAUAGUCAAUUUUAUUAUUGUUGUUGUUAUUCAUCAUUUACAACUAGCUUAGUAAAUUGUUGGCAAUUUUGAAUUGAAUUAGCCGACAAACAACAAACAGUAUAUAUAUAUUUUCUAAAUUAUUCCAAAAUCCAAGAGCCAGGCACUUAGAAUUUUGAGACAUUUCAAACUAAGCAAUUUCCCCCAUCAAAGCUAGUCAAGGUUCACUGGGGCAGGAUUUGAAGAGGGCGGUUUUAAAUUGGAAAAGUCAAAGGAAUUGAAAGGGCUAUUCUGUUCUUGAAUCUGGGCCUCUGAAAGACCCACUUGUUCCAAUCGGUCUCUCCCAAUUUGCAGACCUGAAAGAAACAAGUUGAGCUUUGCUGGGACAGUUUUUCAGGAGGCACUGAAGCAUUCAGCACAUGUUGGGAUUUGAGCUCAUGUAAGCAGGUUCUAUUUGAAUGUAGUCAGCCAGAACAGGAAGCUUUGACAACCUUAUCAAGCCAAGCUGGACUUUGGGCUGAAGCCACCGCAGUAUUAACACUGAGAACGCUGGACCAGCCUGGCCGAUCCCAUUCAUUGAUGGCUCCAAAACUUUGCACUGUGUUUAUUACGAGUUCCAGGGAGAAGCUGAUUUAAACCAAAGCUGGCUGCUUGCUCCGUGGGAGGCAGGGUUGUGAUUGCUGGCGUCUGAGGCUAUCAAGCCGAGCAAGCGAGAGAGACAGAGAAGGGGAGCCCAGAGCCACCAGCCUGGUUCUUGUGGGGAGUCCAGGCAGGAAGGAAAAGCUGCUGUGUUUAUUUAUAUGGUUUUCACCAUGAAGGAUAACAAAUUUACACAAAACCUCAGUGCAUAAGACAGCUGCCAAUGCUUAAAACAGAAUUAUUGUUUCAUUAAACAGUGAAAACAAGCAGAGCGCCAAAGACAGCAGUGGGCUGUUAUAGUAGAGGAGCCAGCGUGAUCAGCGCUGCCCGGUGAAACUAUUUCGCAGGGUGCAGCCAUUUAUUUGUGUGUUUGUUUCCUUCCCUUUCUGGGAAAUUCUCCUUUCUCACAUCAGAACUUGCAGGUUUCACAGGCAUCUUCUUACUAAUUCUUUUAAAAAUGGAACUGUCUUUAUUAAAAAGACAGGGAGGCCCAUAUUUCUGGUCUGGAAUGGAGUAAAUGUACAUUUGGAGGAGCUUCUUGGUGUGAAAAGCAGCUGUGUGUGUGUGUGUGUGUGUGUGUGCGCGCGCGCGCAUAUUGCAGUUUGAAGGGAGAGUUUUCAGUGGAAACACUAAUGAAGGAAGGGUUAAGCACACUCUCCCCCUACCACUUUUCUUCUUCAAAUUGCCCUCUCAUGAACCUGCGUUUCCCGUCCUGGAGUGGCCGUUGGGGGUUUGGUGCACAAUCCUACUUUUAUACUGUAACUGAGCCAGAGAGUGACCUAUUGGUGAUGCAUAGCAUGAGCCCAAUCACGGAUGGCAUCAUGUCCUGCUUGUAAAGCUCAGUUAUUUUAAGAUGAUGGCAGAUAUGAAAUAAGCCUGAGGCUUCUUUGGAGAGGAAGUGAUGCCUGGCUUUUGUUUUUGUUUUUCUAGGGACCAGGGAAAUAUGCUUUCAGUUUAUUCAAGGACUUAAUGCAUGGAUACUGAGUUGGGGGAUGCAGGAAUGCAUGAUCCAUUGAGAGCUCAGUUGGAAAAUACAGCCAUAUUAUCAAUCCAUUUUAGCAAAAAAUAAAAUAAAAAAAUACAAGGAGCCCAGUGACUCCUUAUAUACCUUAUUGUGUGCACACCUCUUUACACCAAACACGUUAUUUGGGCCAGAUUUUAAAGUUGAAGGAAGGAAUAUACAGAACCCAGUUGAGAUUAGAAAUUGUUUCCAGAGGUACUUUAAACAACUAUAUACACAAGGGCCACAGAAAGAAAUUGAUGUAGACCGAUUUUUGAAAACAAAUGGAUUACAAAAAAUCUCUCAAGAAAAUAAAUUAAUGCUGAACUAUAAAAUAACUGAACAGGAGGUGGAAGGUGCCAUUCAGAAUAUGCAACUAGGUAAAUCUCCAGGACCGGAUGGACUGACUUCUAGAUACUACAGAUCCUUGAAGGAAUGGCUAGUACAACCUUUAAAGGAAGUCUGUAACGAAAUAAUGGGUGGGAAAAGGGCACCAGAGUCGUGGAAAGAAGCGUAUAUUACACUUGUACCGAAAAUAGAGACUGAAAAGACCCAGCUUAAGAACUACCACCCCAUAUCACUGCUCAAUGUGGAUUACAAAAUCUUUGCAGACAUUUUGGCUAAAAGACUAAAAAGAGUCCUAAUGGAAGAGAUACAUAAAGAUCAAGCAGGCUUUCUCCCGGGUAGACAUUUGUCUGACAACGUGAGAAACAUAAUCAAUAUUUUAGAAAAACUACAAGUGAAUAUAAAUACCAAGGCAGUUUUGAUAUUUGCGGACGCGGAGAAAGCCUUUGACAAUAUUUCUUGGAGUUUCAUGAAGAAGAACCUACAGGGGAUGGGGGUAGGCCAAGGCUUUGAAAACGGUAUAAGUGCAUUUUAUUCAGAACAAAAGGCUAAAUUAAUUGUAAAUAACGUGGUGACGGAGGAAUUUAAGAUAGAAAAAGGGACACGACAAGGUUGCCCAAUCUCCCCAUUGCUAUUUAUAUCGGUCCUGGAGGUCCUGCUGAAUAUGAUUAGAAGGGACCAAUUGGUUAAAGGUAUACAAGUCGGAGCUAAACAGUACAAAUUGAGAGCAUUUGCAGAUGACUUAGUAUUGACAUUGCAGGAGCCAGAAUCUCUAAAAGGGUUUUGGAACUGAUUCAAGAAUUUGGUCAGGUUGCAGGAUUUAAAUUGAAUAAGUUAAAAACAAAGGUCUUAGAGAAAAACUUAACUGUGAUUGAGAAAGAGAGGUUUCAGAAUGAGACAGGUUUAACAGUGGUUAAGAAAGUGAAAUACCUGGGGAUUAACAUGACAGCAAAAAUGGGAAUCUAUUUAAAGACAAUUAUGAAAAAUGCUGGGCUGAAGUGAAAAAAGACUUAGAAAUUUGGUCAAAUUUGAAGCUUUCACUGCUAGGCCGUAUUGCUGCGAUAAAAAUGAAUGUAUUGCCUAGAAUGUUAUUUCUCUUUCAAACGUUGCAAAUUUUGGACAAAAUGGAUUGCUUCAAGAGGUGGCAGAGAGAUAUCUCUAGAUUUGUCUGGCAGGGCAAGAAGCCUAGAAUAAAAUUUAAAAUACUAACGGAUGCAAAGGAAAGAGGUGGAUUUGCCCUGCCAGACCUUAAACUUUAUUAUGAAUCAACAGCUUUCUGCUGGCUGAAAGAAUGGCUGCUUCUUGAAAACACAGACAUUUUGGACUUAGAAAGUUUUAAUAAUGUAUUUGGAUGGCAUGCAUAUUUGUGGUAUGAUAAGGUCAAAGCACAUAAAGCAUUUAAAAAUCAUAUUGUCAGGAAAGCAUUGUUUAAUGUCUGGAUAAGAUAUAAAGACCUACUGGAUAAUAAAACCCCAAGGUGGCUGUCACCGAUGGAAGCGAAAGCUCUGAAAAAGCUCAAUAUGGAGGCCAAAUGGCCGAAAUAUUGGGAAAUUCUGGAACAAGAGGGAGAUAGACUGAAAUUGCAGAGCUUUGAGAAACUAAAAAACAAAGUGCGAGAUUGGCUUCAUUAUUAUCAGAUAAUGGAGGCAUACAAUUUGGAUAAGAAAAUAGGCUUCCAGGUGGAAAAAUCAAAAUUAGAAACAGAACUGUUAGAACCCAAAACCAAGAUUUUGUCAAAGAUGUAUAACUUGCUGUUGAAAUGGAAUACUCAGGAUGAAACGGUUAAAUCUGCUAUGAUUAAGUGGGCACAAGAUGUUGGACAUAACAUAAUGAUGGCUGACUGGGAACAGUUAUGGACCACAGGUAUGAAGUUUACGGCAUGUAAUGCCUUAAGAGAGAAUAUUAUGAAAAUGAUAUACAGGUGGUACAUGACACCAGUCAAGCUUGCAAAAAUCUAUCACUUGCCCGAUAAUAAAUGUUGGAAAUGUAAAGAGACUGAAGGUACAUUCUUUCACCUUUGGUGGACAUGCCCAAGGAUUAAGGCUUUCUGGGAGAUGAUCUAUAAUGAAAUGAAAAAGGUAUAUAAAUAUACCUUCCUGAAGAAACCAGAGGCCUUUCUCCUGGGCAUGGUCGGCCAAUUGGUGCCAAGGAAGGACAGAACUUUCUUUAUGUAUGCCACAACAGCAGCAAGAAUACUUAUUGCAAAGUAUUGGAAGACACAAGAUUUACCCAUUCUGGAAGAAUGACAGAUGAAGGUGAUGGACUAUAUGGAACUGGCGGAAAUGACUGGCAGAAUCCGAGACCAGGGAGAAGAGUCGGUGGAAGAAGAUUGGAAGAAAUUUAAAGACUAUUUACAGAAAUAUUGCAAAAUUAAUGAAUGUUAGAAUGAUGUCAGAAUGAAAUUAAGUGGUCUUAGCAGCAAUGUUAUAAAGGUGUAUGUACAAAUGGAUUCUUAACAGAUGAGAAUCUAAAGUUAUAAUAUGUUAAGUUAAAGGAUUAAGACAAAAACAAAGAGGGAAAGGAAUUGCUGAAUUAACUAAUAGAACUGGAAUACAAAAAAGAGAGGUGUGAGGAAGUCAGGGAAGUAAGGAAAUGAAAUGUAAGUUAUGGAAAGAACAAUGUGUUUUUGUUUUUUUAAGUGUUUUCUAUUUUCUAUUUUUUUAUUUUUUAUUUCUUUUUCUUUUUCUUUUUUAUAUAUGUAAUUUUUUCUUUGAAACUUUAAUAAAUAUCAUUUUAAAAAAAAAGAAAAAGAUUUUAAAGUUGUCCCCUGGAGUAGGAAAAGUGAUUUCAAUGGUUAUUUAGUAUCUGCUAUCCUAUUAUGUAAUGUUGUCAGGGAUGGGGGGGCUAUAGGCUAGCUAGGAAGCAGCAAAAAAUACUGUGUAUGCAGCAAUCUGUGAGAUCUCAUAUAGAAUCAUAGAAUUGUAGAGUCUGAAGGGACCGCAUGGGUCAUCUAGUCCAACCCCCUGCAAUGAAGGAAUCUCAGCAUAUAAUAAUAAAAUUUAAUCAGGUAUCAAGUGAGGCUGAAGAACCAAUACUGGAAAUCGGUCAGCAGGCAAGAGUAGAAAAUGCCGUCCUAGGAGGACAAAUAGUCUGGCCUCCUGAUACCAGGCACCUGGUAUCCCAUUCCUUUCCUAAUAAUUUCAGGAAAAAUAGGAUCUGGGAUGUAUUAAGCCUUCUUCUUUAGAACUUCAGUCCUUUGGUAGCAUUUUUGCAUAGUCUGCAAUGGUCCUGAGUUGAUCAGCUUAGAGAGCUCCAAGGAUAGUCCCCUUGAGGUGUGAAAUUUUAACAACUGAGUGCUGUGCAAGUGGCUGAGUAGCUUAGGAAAAGUCAACACCCACUUCCUUCUUUACAAGCAUGUCUUAUAUUUCAUGGUUUCACAUGUGAUGUGCAGCACACCUCUAAUCACAUUUGCUCAGAAGCACAUUCCUUGAGAAUUAGGCCCAAGUAAAUGGUAUUGCAGUGCCGAUCAUACCUUCAGGGAUUUUUUACAGCCCAAGGGUACUUCUUCACAUAGCAAAAUUGUACUCUCAGGCACUGCUACAUCCUCAGGGGGCUUCAUAAGGAUUUGAUUCCUAUUAUUAUUAGCCGCUGGGUGAGCGUUGCUUUUGUUAGGAAUGUUGCUGGCUGUAAUAGUGAGCUCCCGUUGAUAAGGUAUCAGCUAACUGAGGUUAGGAGAUGGUCUCCUGAUAAGUGGAGGCAUCUCUUGAGCGUUGAGAAGCACCCAGUCAUCAUUACAGUUUGGAGAAGGACACAUGCACACACAGAUAAGUUUGUGGGCGGGUGUAGUGGAUGUGUUUGCAUAGAAACAUCAGGUGAUGCGUUUUGGAAGAAAUGGGCAGAGGUAGGCAAGAGAGAGAGAGAAUGGACACGGGUGGCGCUGUGGUCUAAACCACAGAGCCUAGGACUUGCUAAUCAGAAGGUCGGCGGUUCGAAUCCCCGUGACGGGGUGAGCUCCCGUUGUUCGGUCCCAGCUCCUGCCAACCUAGCAGUUUGAAAGCACGUCAAAGUGUAAGUAGAUAAAUAGGUACCACUCUGGUGGGAAGGUAAACGGUGUUUCCGUGCGCUGCUAUGGUUCACUAGAAGUGGCUUAGUCAUGCUGGCCACAUGACCCGGAAGCUGUCUGUGGACAAACGCUGGCUCCCUUGGCCUGUAGAGCGAGAUGAGCACGCAACCCCAGAGUUGUCCACGACUGGAUCUAACGGUUAGGGGUACCUUUACCUUUAGGCAAGAGAGAGGGAGAAAAAAUGAGCCAUGAGUUAGCUCAAAUCACCUGAGGACUGUCAGGCCUUUUUUUUUUGGAGAUAUGGGGUAGCAGAUCCACCUGAAUGAGUGCCUGUUCUUUCCCCCUCAACUUGUACUCAACAGUUGUACCUUGGAAGUUGAACAGAAUCCGUUCCGGAAGUCUGUUUAACUUCCAAAACGUUCGGAAACCAAAGCGUGUCUUCUGAUUGGCUGCAGGAAGCCACAGAAGCCCUGUCGGACGUUCAGCUUCCAAAAAUAGCUCAAAAACCAGAAGACUCACUUCUAGGUUUUGAUCGUUUGGGAGCUGAUUUGUUUGGGAGCCAAGGCAUUUGGGUUCCAGGGUAUCACUGGCAAAGGCCCAUGGGAGUAAGCAGCUGGGAGGGGCAGUUUGGAGGUUUAAAAUCAGCAGUGUGGAAAGGGCCAAGUCCUGCAGCAUGCAUCAAUCUCUCAGUGGGCUUUGCAGCCCGGAUACCCGAUUUAGUUUUUUAAAAAGAAAAGGUGUCUGAUGGGGUUGGUGGUUAUUACCUACCUUGAAUGAAGGUGGAAUCUAAACUGCAAUAAUGAAGAAAGGCUUUAACCUAUGUUGUGAGCAUUCAUCCUGAUUUUCUUGCACAAAGAUCACACAGUUUGAUUAUACAGAAUCUUUACAGUAGUACCUCGGGUUAAGAACUUAAUUCGUUCUGGAGGUCCGUUCUUAACCUGAAACUGUUCUUAACCUGAGGUACCACUUCGGCUAAUGGGGCCUCCCACUGCCACUGCGCCACCGCCACGCGAUUUCUGUUCUCAUCCUGAAGCAAAGUUCUUAACCCAAGGUACUAUUUAUGGGUUAGCGGAGUUUGUAACCUGAAGCGUCUGUAACCUGAGGUACCACUGUACUGAGCAUUCAUUGUGAUUUGCUUGCAAGGAGGUUAUACGAUGAUGAACAUUCCUUUUGCAUUCCUCCUAAUUUGUUUGCGGGUUGUUGGCAUGCAUUCCUAUGAAUGAUUCAUUCAUUUAUUCCACAUUUUCUGUCCAUUUCCCCAUCACUUUCUGAACUGCAAAGAAAUCUGUUUGUUUUGUAAAAGUGGAUUUGUUGCACUAGGCGACAUAGCGCUUUAAUCCACUUUAAUUGCGCAAACCUCAAUUUUCUGGCAUGCUCUUGAAUCCCAAUAUUCACCAUCCAGUGGCGCCCUAAAUCAAUGCACAUGGUCAACUUCCUGGGUCAAAUAAGCCUUAAAAGGCAAGUUUCAUAACAGUGCCACCUAGUGAUAUCUGCCGCCACAUGGAAUUGGCAUUUGCUCACGGGUAAUUUCAGGGCAAAUAAAAUUAGCAGCCGUCUAAUUUUUGUAGCAGGAGGACCGUUGGGUCUUUCAAUCCUGUGCCCUUUGCAGGCUCACCAUUCACUCCUCCUCAAUAACAUCAGCAGAGAGUUAAUGACAACCAGAUUCCAUGGACUUUUCAAACCUGGCAUGUAUUAUUAGGACACGCAAGCCGGGAAUGACAGCCGUGUGUCCGCUCCAGAAUUUGCGGCGCUUUUCUUAGAACAGUUUGAGAAGAACUCAAAUGUCUUCAGACUUAGCUCUGCUCUGAAACGGCGGUACCGGAAUUUCUCACUGGAGUCCUGGGGAAACGCCGUCUGGAUUGGUUGAUCCCCUUCUGAACGAUCCUGCCAGCCUAGCAUGUAAUUUUUAAUGCCGUGUUGUGUUUUCCUGGCUUGUUCUCCAAGCUCACAAAGGCGGCCUUUGUUCGGGCUGCUACAGCACUUCCUCUCCCUCUCUUUCUCUGACUGUUUGGAAAUUGGGCAGUCACUUAUAUCCAAGGUUUCACUGUCUGAUGGGCAUGGAGGAGUGUCUGUGCAGCAACAGCAACAGAAUACCACUUCAGGGGGAAACGAGCAAAACAGCUGUUGAAUGAUGCUUUAGGGGCAGAUCACUGCUGAAAGUGGUGAGGAUUUGUGAAAGGCGGGGCUCUUUGGCAGGGCUGGUUUCAGCAUCAAAGCACAGAGCAGCUCAGCCUUCGUUGUCUGCUCUGACUAGCAGCUGUAGUAAUCAAAGGUCUCAAAUGGAAAUGACAUUUACUUUUAAAAUGUCUGCAUCAUGCAGGUGUUAAAGGUGAAAAAGCACAGGGUGUUGAUGGUGGUCAACUGGCUACGUUACCACCCUCUGGAAUACGUUCAUGCUAUUAUGUGCCUCCUUCAUCUCUAUCCACAAUGCACAGGAUUGUUUGCACUAUCUACAAUCCCACUGUGGGUCAUGCUGAAGCUGCAUUGCUAACUCCCUUGGCACCAGAGUGAUGUGCCAUGCAUCCCAUUCAAUUGCACGGCCUUGUCUUAAAUGACCCUGAUAUUAUCUCCCAGUAUGUAUGUAUUUGCCAUGGAAAUGGUGGCAAUGUUCAAAGGGGCUUUAAAAGCGAUGUCUUCAAUUCCUCCUACACAAGGUGGGAGGGGGCAGAACUCCUAGUUGGUGGUCUAAACCCAGCUGCCCAUAUUGUGUAAUUCCAGAUUUUGAAGUUGCACAUGGUACAGGGUUCACAAGUUGCAUCUAAUGAAUCAGAACAGUGUGCCCCCCCCCACCAAGUGCAAUGCACUCCAGUUCAAGUAAUUGGCUAUUGACUAACCUUAGGACUCAGCUGUACAGCUGCAAAUAUAAUGUUUUAAAAGUGUAUUAUACAAAUAUGACACUAGAUGGCUAUGGUGAGUUUAUGGCAAAUUUUAUAUAUUUUUCAAAACGCUUUUUUUUUUAAAAAAAAACCCCACACAUUUUCACAGCAUUUUUUAUAUGUUUCUAGAUUCCAGUUUAGAUUUCAUUCUGGGAAUAGGGACGCUUUAGGAUCCUAGUAGCUAGGGAAACAAAUGACGUUGUAAGGUCUAGCUUGAUGAAUCUUAGGUGUUAGGAUUGUUCCUUUGGCUGGCAGUGCCACAAACAGCCAACGUUUAUCAUGGUUCAUUCACUGUGCAGCAAUGCUUCCUCUUCCACCGUUAGCUAUAGAUUAAAUGCUAAACUGCUGAGACAUUUUGCAUGGUGUUUGUCUGAGGCUUUUCUAGCUGCCUUUUUGAAAAGAAAAGAAAAAAAGUCUUAUUCCUGCUUUGCACUUCUUUCAUGCUCAUCUGUACCCAGCACACGCAUUGAGCUAUAUUUCCUCCCAAGUCCUUGGAAAAUGCUCUAUCCCUGCCACAGAAAGAAACCAUCUGGAUCCCCCCAAAAUGAGCAACAACUGUGGGUCUAUUAUCAUCUGAGAAGGCCCUUAGAGUAGAACCACACUUUAUUUAUCCAAGUUACAUUGCCAAACUUUGGGCAGUGCUUCUUCACUGUGACAAAACUAUGGGUCUGGAACUGUAGGUUGGGGCAAAAUGGAAGGAGGAGGCAGGCACAGACAAUGCUACAACUAUGUGACCUCCUCCAACUGCUCCUUUUAUAAAUAUCGCUCACUGGAUUCUGCUUUGCAGCAAAGAAGCAACACCUGAAUUCUGCAAACCUGACUUGGAAACCCCAUGUGUAGCUUCAGACCUAAGCUUCUCUGGCCUGGGGCCUGGCACCUGUCAACAGUUCUGAACAACUCCUUCCUUGGAGGUUUUUAAGAAGAGGUUGGAUGGCCAGGGCCGUCUUUACCUGGGGGUGCAAGGGGUGCAGGGCACCUGGGCGCUGAAUUCUGGAGGGCACCAGGCACCCACCACUGAAGCCGCUUAAGCUCUUAACUAUCUACCAGUUAUGAAAUAAUAAAUAAUUUUGAUCAAGCUAGAAAAACAAAAUACAUAUAUACCUAGGUAUUACCAAAAUGUAUACCUACUAAAAAAAUAUAUCCUUCCAGUAGCACCUUAGAGACCAACUAAGUUUGUUAUUGGUAUGAGCUUUCGUGUGCAUGAACACUUCUUCAGAUGCAUGCACAUGAAAGCUCAUACCAAUAACAAAUUUAGUUGGUCUCUAAGGUGCUACCGGAAUGAAUUUUAUUCAUUUAUUUUGUUUCGACUAUGGCAGACCAACACGGCUACCUACCUGUAACUAGAUGUAUACCUACUGUUUCACUACUGUUUCACCUACUGUUUGCACGCUCAUUUACCAAAGACACACCGCGCCAGCGGUGGUGCUUGUCAUUCACAAUGGUGCCGCUUGUCAGACUCAACGACGGCGCUCACAACGGUGAUGCAAAAGUUAAUUGGGGGGGGGCUAAACUAAAUUUGGGGGUGCUGGGUGGAUCUUUGCACCCCGGCGGCACAUAUGCUAAAGACUUGCCUGUGGAUGGCCAUCUGCCAUGGAUGCUUUAGCUGAAAUUCCUGCAUUGCUGGGGGUUGGGACUGGAUGACCCUUUGCGGUCCCUUCAACUCUACAAUUCUAUGAAUCUUUGGUUCUUUGAACCAGAGGAAGGCAAUCUAGGCCGCCAUGCUGUGCACAGUCACAGAUCCUGCAAAUGUCCCUAUUUUCCAGGGACAGUCCCAGUUUUACAGAAGCCAUCUUGGUUUCUGAUUUGAUCCCGAAAUGUCCCGCUUUUCCUUAAGACAUCCCUAUUUUCAUCAGAAAAAUGUAUGGAAAGUAUGGAGUUAUGUAACCUCCAAGCCAAGGAGCUAAGUAACUAUACAACCUUUAGAAAACAUCUGAAGACAGCCCUGUAUGGGGAAGCGGGGUUUUAUGUUUAAUGUUUUAUUAUGUUUUUAUAUAUGUUGGAAGCCGCCCAGAGUGGCUGGAGCAACCCAGUCAGAUGGGUGGGGUAUCAAGAUGAUGAUGAUGAUGAUUGAAUAGGGCAUCCCUACUUUCACUGGAGAAAUGCUGGAGGGUAUGCAGCCAGGCUGCCUAAAUAUGUGGCAGGAUUGUUACUGUAGAUGUUGGAGACCAGCAAGAACUCUCACCAAGUUCUGAGUGAGGGGGAAUCGGCCGGGGUAGGCGGGGAAGGCAAAUCCAUGGUCACGUGAGACCCCGGUGGCCUUUUGCGUCCUACGUGGUCUGUGCAUUUCAAAGCACAAGCCAUUGUGCUUUUGGGAUAGCAAACCCUCCCCAGAAAUUCCACAGGCCUUUCCCCUAGCUAUCAAUAUCGUUUCUGUAUUUCUCUUUCUGUUGCUUGUCUUUAGCAGCGAGACAAAAAAGGGGCCCUUUGUGUGAGCGCCUGAAAGGAAUAGCCUAGUCCCACAGCCUGCAUGCAAUUCUAAUGUCAACUAUUUGUUGCCUUGGCAUUUCACAUUAGCAAGCGCUCUCCUCCACCCCCAAAUAUCUGUGAGCUGUGCCUUCCUGCCAAGGGGCCAUAUUUAACUUUGCUCCUCCAUAGCGUGGUGCAAUCUGCACAGGCAGAAGGGUCCAUUCAUAUAGAGAAGCUUUCUCACCCGCACAGGGGAAAAGGCAUAUGUGAAAACACUGGAAUUGAGGCCAGGGUCACUGACCUGGAUAGGCCUUCCCAGUAAAACACAAAACAAAAACUGGUCCAGGAAAAGUUUCCCAGCUCUCUUACUCGAUGCAUUCCCGGUCUUGCCUUAAGAGUUUGCAGAAUCACUCCCCACCCACCCUGCUCCACCCCAGCCAUUUUACUGUUAGUGCAACAGCGGCAGCCGAGUCAUUCCUGCAAUAUGAGCACGAUCAUUGUACAAAUACAACGGAAAAUAUAGCCUCAUUGCAGGAGGCAAAGGGGGCUGUCUCUGUGUACAGCAGCGGCAGCCAAAACUCAGUGUAUCCCUUUGCAGGAAAAAAAGGGGGGGGGGAAGUCUUCAGGGAAAAAAAGAUUGAAAAUUGUGGUGGAGAUGGCAUCUUCUCCCAAGAAAAUCCAUCUCUAGGAACUGUUCUAGCUUAAUUAAUUUAAGGACUAGUUCUUUGGAAUUAGACUUCCGAUAGAUAGAUGAUAGAUAGAUAGAUGAUAGAUAGAUGAUCAAGUGUUAAAGGGUUAUUCAGUGCAGCCAGUCAUGUAAGCUACACCUGCUGAAGCUACCUCCUCUAUACAGCUAUUAAAGGUGUCAGAUGUCUUGUCCUUUUUUACAAAAAACAAACCUGACCACCUGACUAAGAUAGAGAUACAAGAUUCAGGCACGCAUAAAUGGGAGGAAAGGAUGAGAAACCAAUCUAUAAGACAAUAACAUCAUAAGGGGGGAAAAGGCAAUUCUUUAAGUUAAAUGUAAUAGAAGGUCUAUGGCUGGUUCUCUGUUACCUCCUAUGCCAGGCACCCAACAGUACCACUGUACAGUCAUACCUUGAGUUGAAUGUGCUUCAGGUUGAGCACUUUCGGGUUGCGCUCCGCGGCAACCCAGAAGUAACAGAGCACGUUACUUCUGGGUUUCGCUGCUCGCGCAUGCGCAGAUGCUCAAAAUGACGUCACGCGCAUGCGCAGAAGCGGCAACACAUGACCCGUGCAAGCGCAGACGCGCUGUCGCGUCUUACGUUCUAUUCAGGAUGUGAAUGGGGCUCCGGAACGGGUUCCCUUCAGUUUCUUUCCUAUUCCUCCCUCAUUCUAGCCUGUCUUUCUUUCUUUCUUUCCUUCUUUCUUUCUUUCUUUCUUUCUGGGAGGGGGACUCUGCCUGUCUAAAUCCCCAUGAGUUAGAUUCUAGGCUGCACUUAAUGUGUGACUGCUGGUAAUGUAUGCUAGUUUUUGUGGACCUGAAUCUACAGUGACACCAAAGCUGAAAUUCCAAUGCAAACGCUCUUUAGGGAUUCUUCUCAAUGGCAUAGAUUGCACGGGUUGUGUUUGUAUGAGGGAGCACAUAAAUGAGAACUUCACCAUGCAAACAGAAGCAAGGGUUGAAAAUAAAUGGCCCUGAGGACUCCUGAGAAGGCAGGCUGCAAAGUAAGUAGCAUCUAAAAUUUUGAAAUGAAAAUGGAAUAUGAGGCACCUCUUGGGUUCUGUGCAUUCUGAUGUUCUGAAAUUACAACAGAAAGUAUUAUAAAAUUGAAAAUACUUGACAACUUUAAUGCAACUCUACUGGAAGAUAUAAUUCUGUAUUAUUUAAUGGGGCUUAUCAUGACAUCUGGAAGCUGGAACCUCUAACCUUGUUUUCACAUGUCUUUCAAAGUAAUGUACUGGAAAUCCUAAUAAUGAGGUUCCAUCUCCCUUCAGAAAAAAUAACUUCCUCUAAAAACCCUCUUUUUAUAGUAGCAAUGUCUACUAAAAAAUCCCUCUUUUCAUCUUUUCCUGCCUAUGUCCUCAACAGCAUCCCCCUGGAGAUGAGUUUCAGUAUGUAUGUAUUUAUAUUUGUAUGUAUGUAUUUGCAUUUUUAAAACUUAUUAUCCUCAUUUCUAAAAACAAAAAAACCCUGCAAAAGUGGCUACCCCCACCCCAAAAACAUCAAACAGUAUUUCAAAAAGGACAUGCCAGUCAUAAAACUCCAAUAAUAACAUCAUAAACUGACAACGAUGACAAUUUCUGGGCACAGCAAGCCAUGAAUACUAUGAGAAUGAGCCUAGCAUCCCUGAACUGCCUGACUUUGUGUAUCUGAACCUCUGCUAAUUCUAGUGAGAACAUGAACUCCUACUUUUUGUUUUCUUACAGAGUCUUUAUUAUACUCCCCCCCCUUUUGUGGACUGCUUUAUCUCUCCCCCUCCCUCAUUUAAGAGCAUCAUGAUGAUGACAACCAGUUGAGCUACAACAUACUCACUUGCUUUAGGCCAGACUGUACUUAGCCAAAGACUGAAAUUCAAAUAUGUGUGUGUAGGGGGAGCUAUUAUGCCCACUCCAAGACAAGUGUUUUGCAUUAGUCUGGUUCUCCAUUACAAAGCGAACAAAAGCAUUUGCCACACUUCUCUCUACUCUCACUAGUGUCUUGAGGUAGGAGCGCCUUCCUAUUGGAGGCCCCAGAGUGAGCGUAUAUGGAAACCACAUGGCAAAAUAAAAGGGGCCCUACAACCUUUAUGCCUGUGUGGCGAGGAAGGGCUAAAAACACACAGCUUUGAAACAAGAAAGAGCAAAAGACAUUGUAACUCUGCAGCCCCCUUCUCCAAUAAAAAGCCCACCCACUUGCGAAGUUCCCAUCUUCAGUGUAUAAUUUCAUUUCCCCUCGUUUGCUUUUGCUAAUAAUUCUAUACACUGUCAGAACAUGCUGAGUUACAGCCAGCAGGGUUUAACUUUAUUUCCCAUCUCUUUCUCCCUACCAUAGGCAAAUGGUCUUUAAAUAGAAGAGUGUGGAAAUUGCCUCCAUGCCAGUUUCUCGUCAGAACUAGAAGCGAUUAUCCAUUUUAACAUGUACUGCUGGAUAGGUUGCGUUAUAGUAAUAUGUCCCCUGCCCUCUUUCAUAAAAAGCAAUGUUCUUCAGUUGGGGGAAUCUGGAAAUACCCCCCCUCUCUCUUAUGCAGUGUUGGGUCACAAAAUCUUUUGGCAUGUCAUAGGAAAGCUACAAGUGGACCUAUUCGUGCUGACUCCUCUGUGGCAAACUCCUUGACAAAGGCUGCCCAGUGCUAGGGAAAACUCUUCCAAGAGGAACAUUUUUAUCUGUUGAGUUUUGUUUCGUGGAAUUUAUAUUCCCAUCAAAUGGUUUCCUGCCGUCCCCUGUAAACUCAAUCAGCCUAAUGGAAGUGACACAAAAACAAAGUGUUUCUCAGCUGGGGUAACCAUGGAGAAGAGAAAAGGCAUGCAGAGAGCUAGCCAAGUGUUAGGAUUUUAUAGGCACAGUGUUAAAGGUCUCAAGGCAGGAUGGGACUUUGUUCAGUGAAAUAUCAGCAGAGGCAAAAAAAAAAAGCAACCGGAAAGGGAAGGGGAAAUAUGGAAAUGACCGAGCCACAUGGGUACGAAAGCUGAUGUUUCUGGACUCAAACUCCUAUCACCCUUAGCAUUGACCAUGACGGGAGUUGGCUUCCAACAACAUCCAGUGAGACUUAGUUUCCCCACCCUGAUGUCAUUUAUGGCAAAUCAUGAUUCUUAAACAUCCAUGAACUGCUCACUGAAUAUAGGAUAAUUUUGACCCAUCCCUUCCCAAUCAAAUCUACGGGGAAUUUUUUGGUCAUAUAAAAAUUACCCACUUGCACAUAUUUCAAGUGAAGAACGGGAGUGAAGACUGCUAAUUGAAGGGACCUCUGUGAAAGAAGAGCAACGGGUUGGAUUAACAGGAAUAUAUCAUGAAGAAUACAUCAAAGGCUGGUAUGUCGGCAGCGGGACUGGAUGGGGGGGGGAAACUUUUUUUAUUUUCUUCUAUGUGAUUAAUCAAUAACCCCUCCUCAAGAUGGAACCAUUGCCUAACUGAUCCAAGCAGGAUGAUUAAAAACUGUAUGGAAAUGAAUUCUAACCAAAAGUUUGCUUUACGGAGAUUGAGAAAAGAACAAGAGCCUUUGGAAUGACGCAGCAAUAAAAAACAGAGUCACCAUGUUGGCUGGUUUUGUCGAAAGAUUUACGACCGGGAGGAGGAAUGGACUUGUUUUCAUACUGGAUUCCUAGCGAACCUCCUCAAAGGACUGAGAAGGGAGCGACAGACCAGUGAAGAUUAACGACGGUAAGAGCGUUUUUAUUUAUGGAAGCGAUGAUAUACGGAAGCCGUCUGAUAUGGCUCUUGGGUGAACGGAAAAAACCCACACAGGAUUACAAUGUGUCUUAACCUGCUUGUAGAGACCAUCAGAGGUCACAAAGAGAAAGGAAAAAUAUAUGAAAAACAAGAAGAGAUGUGGAAAACAAUAAGAAAGGAUUGGAUAGAACUGUGAACAUUAUUUGGACAGAUUUGUGGACUUGAAAGCAUCAGCAAGAAGAUGAUUGGAUCCCCUUCGGAACUUGAAAUAUGGUACCCCCAACAAAAAUUUAAAAUUCAGCUUUGUAAUUUGGAAUUUAUGUGAUUUGAUUUGAUUUGAUUGGUCGGUUAAUAAAAAAUAUUUUUUUUAAAAAUUACCCACUUUCACCCAUUUGAAAGCUCAUAUUUUUAUUUCUUAGUUUUAUCCUGAAUUGAAAUUCCCCAAAUAUUAGACCAAAGUAGAAUAUCCUAGACCAAAUGGAACCAGGUUUGUGCUGGAAUUCAAGUAGACAUCUUUUGCUCAGACACCAAUUUCCAUCUCAGACACCAGUUUCCAUCUUUCGAUUCUCUCCAUCCAUUUGUUUUGUGCAUUUACUAUUCACCUACUGUAAGCCAAUACCUUUUAUUUUAUUUCCCUCAUUUGAAUUUCUGGCACAGUCACCUGGAGGGGAUUAUUGUUCUCUUUCCACUAAGUGUAGUGUAGCUUGGGCAGCUUAAUGUGUCAGGUGGUGCAAGAAACAAAAACAAAAAACCGUGGCUGCACCUUUUUGCAUUGUAACUAAAGCUCCUCCUAGAUUUUGAUCCAAUAACGUGAAUGAGGGCCAAUUUGGUUUCUUGCCAGAGUCAGAGUGGGACUGUUGGCCAGUUCUGAGAGGUCCAAUGCAGGGGAAAGAAAGAGAAAAGAAAUUACAAAAGGACUACAAAAUAGCUCAUCCAAGAACAUUGGGGUGGGGGUUUUACUUCCACGUGUUCUUUCAGGGAAGGUGCAUGUGCAACUUACAAUGGAGAGAAAUCCAAGAGGGUUUUGCACCCCAUGUGAAGCAAUAUGUCAGUGGUAGUUUCACAGCAGCUGAGUCAAGGAGUCCAAAGGCAGCAGGCAUAAUUGUUAGGCUGUUACCAUGAGGUGUCAUGCAAAACACAAAACUGUCUGGCCAGUUUUCUCCAGUGUCUGCCAAAGUGGAUUCAGGCACAGCUUGAGGUUGUGAAAUGCAGCUACUGGUGCAUAAAUUUUUCUUGGCCUUGCAGUGUGCCUUUUAUGGACCACUGCACCCAAUACGAAUUGCUGGGUCUUGAAUUGAGAGCAUUUUUGCCCUGUAGAUACUUAACUGCCAGUGUGUGAUGAUAGCAGUUGUUUUAUUUAUUGAGGGCUUCUAACAAAACAAUGUCAUGCGGGAUGGGAAAGAUCCUUCUGAAAUAAAUGUUUGUAUGUCUUGGUCAAGAAGCUACUGGUUUAUGAUUUAUUUAUUUUUUAGAUCCAGCACUACAAAGGUGCUCCAGGAUUUCCAAGGACCUUCUUCAUGGUUUUUUAACUUUGUGUCUUAUUUCUGUGAACUUCUCUGUCCUCUUCCUGUUUGCAGGCUAGGCUAAAGGGAAUUUCUCUUUCCUUGGGAUUUCCUUGGAGAAACCUAUUCUGCACAUGAUGCUAAACCAUGGCUUAUUAAACAAUAUUUUGUUAAACCAUGACAUAGCGCUAUAUGUUAACCCUUUCCAGCAGCUUAACUAUGGAUUGUUUACUGCCAACAAACCACAGUCAGAAGCCAUAGUUUGUUGUUGGUAUACAAAUCUUGGUUUGUUUCAGCUAUGGCUUAGAUUUACAUGCGAACCCAGCACUCAUCUUUAAUUAUAGUUUGUUUGGCCAUCCCACUCCAGAAAGGCACUCAUCAAACUACAAAGGCCACAGGGCAAGAAAAGCUAGAAAACAAAGCAAGCUUUAGAGAAACAAGAUGUGGUUUGGUCACUCAUCUGUGAGACAACUUGUGCUUAAACAAACUAUGGCUUAAACAAAACACAGCUUAGCAUUAUGCACAAACCGGUAAAGACAGGCAAGGAUUUGUUUUCUGGAAUCAAAAUUCUUGAAACCAAAAAUCCCAAAACUAAUAUAUAUUCUCUAUCUUUUGGGUUUUAGAUCGGGCUUUGGUAUCAAGCAAUAUUGGCAUCCCACCGCAUCUGAUCCACCGCAUCCAGUAUCCAGCCUACACUAGUCACACAUCUCCUGUGGUCAAGAAGCUUGCGGAGCAAGACAAAUUAAGAAUUUCCAAGUUGCUGUCAGCACCUCGGAUAAGCAUUCAAGGACUGAGCAGCAGAGACAACAGCCUUGCUCACAUCCCCCAGCAGAAGCGCAGCCGUGGGUCUCAAGACGUAGGUGUGGCUGCUGAACCAAGUCCAGCAGUGUCAAGAUUCAGCAUAGCAACUAGUCCCCUUUAUGUUAGCAGGGAAUUCUUUGAUGGUGGCCUGGUCCCCAUAAGCAGUUUUUUCCCAGAGGGAGCCUCAGCUCCAGGUAACUUUGUCAUUUUUGCCAAAAAAAGAGUCCCUUUCCGAGUGUUGCCAAUGAAGCUGCUAGAUGCCUCCAGUAUCGGAAAAGGCAAGAAGAUGCAAAUAGCCUCCUCAGAUUGGUCCGCAUUAAAAUCCUUCGGCAACUAAUAUUUUGCCGUUUUCUUUAGAAAUCCAGACAGGAGGGUUCAUUUAUGUGGGAUAUCUUGUGCAGAAGAAAAGACUGACCAGAAGGAGAGCGUAUGAAACCAGAUGUCAAACAUUAGAGGCAUUUUCACACACUCACAGAAGUGGCUGAGCACAAUAGGUUAUGGGGCCACAGGUCUGUGCCUGAUCAUGCCAGCUCCUGCCUGCCCACCCUUGCCCCAGAAAUGCUUUGCCUUCAAGUGUUUGACACAAUUUCCAAGUGACGUAUCUCGCUGAUAUAAAAAAUGGUUAAGGAUAUGGUCACACUGCAGUUUGCUUGGCUGCAGACAGUUGGUGCUGUAAACUACAGUGUGGCAAGCUGGUGGGCAGGUAGGCGGCCCGGGUGAGGAGAGGAGGAGAGAUCCAGAGGGUAGAGAUGCAGGCCUAGGUGAGGUGAGGAGGAGGGGGGAACUGGAGAAGGGAGACAUAAAAAUGCUGUGAUAGCUCAGUCGGUAGAGCAUGAGACUCUUAAUAUCAGGGUUAUAGGUUCAAGCCCCGCAUGAGGCAAAAUAUUCCUGCAUUGCACUGUAGAGUUGGACUAGAUGAACCUCAGGGUCACUUCCUACUCUACAUUCUCUGAUAAACAGGAGGCCCAGGCAAGAGAAUCAAGUGAGGGGAGGAGGUGGGAACCCAAGAACAGAGAUGCAGGCAGGUGGAUGGCCCAGAAGAGUGGUCCAGGAGACCCUCAGAGGUAUGGUAAGAUCUGAGACAUUCUUUGGGUGAGCUGUAAAGGCAGGGGGAGGGGGUUGGUGAGGUUGGCGACUGAAGUGAGUAGGGAUGCAGCCCCUAUUAUGUACCUAGAAUCCCACUGCCUGUACUUAGUUCAUGCAAUUGCCUGCACCCUUGAUUUUGAGAAGGUUCACGUGUUAUUAAGCAUAUGAAUGUAAGAUGCUAUAAGCAGAGUCUUGGCAGCUGCACAUUUAUUGUGAGGGCAAAUAAGAAUGCACAAACAACCCUGUAAGAUCAGUUCAAGGCCCAUCUGGUCCAGCAUUCUGUUCAUUUGGUGCCCACUUGCGAUUCCCAGCAUCCUGCUUCUGACUGUGGAGGUGGAAUAUAGCCAAAGUGGUUGUUAGCCAUUGUUACUUUACUGAGUGAAAAAGAGGGUAUAACUUGAGGAGAAAUUAACACAGAGGUUCGUCUUCCUUAGGCCAGGUCUACACAGAGGAAUAACACCUCCAGAACCGUUUUCCCCUCCAGCUCCUCAAAUGGUCAAAUCUCAGCAGUCUUCGUCACUGCCAGCCAACUUCCAACUGACUCGAGUCUCCAGCUCAUCAGUCUGCUGUCACACUUGCCAAUCACAAAAGUACCCACCCCCACCCCACCGCCCACACAAAGUUGCAAAUUGAACAUUUGCUGUGCUUCCAACAGUUCCCUCAUGACCCAGUUUCCUCUUUCUCUUUUACGGACUCUCCUGAGGACAGCAGGGUUGGAGGGGUUGUGCCCAGAUCAAUUUAAAUGACCACCCUUAUAUUGACAAUGUUUUCAGUCUUGUGUGCUGGUUACUUAAUUCAUUCUUUGUAUUAUGAUAACAGCCCUUGAGCUGGCUAUGUUUAAUGCAUGUUGCCAUUUCCCAAAACUGAAUGUUUCGAAACAAACAAACAAAGGACAAACCUGAUAAAGAAGGG